UGUGUCUAUGGCGGCUCGUCUAUUUUCGUUGCCUUGCAUGAAAUACGGCAUAAAUCGUGAUUUUUCAAAGGCUCGUACUUACUGUUGGAUGAAUUGCUUUCCUGUUUUUCGAGAGCGUGGUAGCUCAUGAAUUUUGUGCCAACAGUAAUUGCGGAAAUAGGAGGCUCUAUACCACUUACAACAUAUUGACAAUGGACAGUUUCCUGGUAUUCGUAGCUGCAUGCGCAGUUCACUGCAGACAGCCGCCAUAUUAGUUGGUGGACGUCAUCGGAUGAACAGUUGAGUUCCAGCAUAUCGUUCGAGGUUACGCGGAUGUUUGAGGACAAGAGUAGAAGACGCUUUCACCGUUUCUGCAUAAGUAGUUGGGAAAAUGUUGGAGAACAGUUUUAAUUUUUUUUAUGCGCAUGCGCUGCGGCGCCGACGACGCCAUUUGAGGCUCUGGAUAAGGUUAUCUCCGCAUUCAAUAAGUGGUACUCGAUGGGUCCGACGGGCAGAUCCGUUUAUCCUUCCAACACUCUGGAGAUGUGUUUUUCCUACGAGCGAUAACGUUGGAGAGAGGCUGGUUGGGUUGGGGCAAAGGUGAAAUAGAAAUUAUAAAUAGAAAUGGCGCCGUGCGUUCUUUUGCAGGUCACGUGGGCGAACGCGAGAUUGCGCAGGUGUACGGCGCGUGAGUGACUCACAAUUAUCAAGUAAAAGAAAAGAAAACUGAUAGUGCGUGUGAACUACGCAACAUUCGUCGGUUAUGAACCAUAUUGCGUUGGUGCAUGCGCAUGAACCAGGUUUCAAUAUUACAUGCGGACUUAACGGCUGCAGCAAAACUUUCAAGAAGUACGACAGCUACAGGAAACACGUGCAAAGGAAGCACAGAGACGUCGUCCCACCAGCGAGGAUAAUUCCACCGUCCAGGACCGAAGACAACAGUGCAGGACCCAACGAAAAUGGUACCGAGCCAACUUCGAGCGACACUGACGCCGGAUCCUCGACGCCAAAUUCCACGCGGCAGGAAACCGACGACCCUACGACAUACAUGAGCGAGAUGCUCAACAACAUGAAGAGGCAUCUUGUACUCUUCAGCCUGAAGGUGACAGAAAAUCACCUGCUACCUCAAAGUGUUUGCGACGACAUCUUCAAGGACGUUAGAGUACUUCUGGAGCUGCUUCUGGAUUCCUGCAGGACGUACUUCAACUUACUUGUGUCAAGCGGCCGACUCACCGUGUCUUCGGAUAAUGGCAUGUUGUCUCUUCUCUCAAGUGAUAUGAUUGACAUAUUGUGGGACGUGAUCAGGUCAGACCAUACGCGGCUCAAGUACGUGCAGGAGCACUUUCCGUUUGUGCCGCCAAAGGAAAUUAACCUACAUGAAAACAUCCACGGACGGUCACGUAGGCAUGUGUUCUAUUAUGUGCCCAUCCAAGACAUGCUAAGAAACUUGAUGACGGCAGACAUCGGAAGCCAUAUCCUCGCCAGACAGCAGGAAGACCGUAUUUGGAACAUCCAUAAUCAGGUCCUCACCGAUGUUUGUGACGGAAGCUAUGUCAAGUCCCACGCACUGAUUGAGGAUGGAUCGGCUGGAACGCUGCUUUUGUUGCUGUACACCGACGAACUGGAGGUGGUGAAUCCACUUGGUGGUGCAUGCGGUAAACACAAGCUUCUUGUCGUGUACAUGAAUCUCCUGAACUUGCAUCCCAAAUGCCGCUCCAGGUUAAAGACAAUCAAUCUCGUCCUCGUCGUGAAAUACCCACUAGUCAUGCAGUAUGGGCUCCAGAAGAUUAUGGACCCAAUGGUCGCUGACUUGAACGCCUUGCAGACAGAUGGAAUCGACAUCACGCUUAAUGGCUCAGCUCUUCACUUUAAAGUCUAUGUCGUUGGAUUCAGUGGUGACAACCUCUCCCUAAACAGGUUAGGAGGAUUCACCUGCGGCUUCAGUGCUGGACGAAUAUGCCGCUAUUGUUUAGCCAACGCUAGGGACAUGCCGUCACUGACCGAAGAAGCUCGCUGCUCGGUAAGAUCUGCGGAGGGGCAUAUGAGUCAUAUUGCAGCCGUGGAGCUCAGCCCUGACAACGUGAAAUUGUACGGAGUGAAAGAAAGGUCGUGUCUACUCUCUCUCAACGGCUUUGAUGUCACACGACAACUUCUUCCUGACCUGAUGCAUGACGUGUUAGAAGGAGGCAUAAAUGUUGUCAUCAAGGCAGUCCUGAACUCUCUUCUGGCUUCCAAAACGCUUUUGAGAGCUCACUUCAGUGCUGUAUCGCAGUUCCAAUUUAAACAUCAUGACAUCAAGAACAGGCCGCUCCCUAUAGUACUCACAAACUCGGACAAAGUGCAGAACAUUAAGGGCACAGCCAGCCAGAAGCUCUGCUUGUUUCGUCUUCUUCCGCAGUUUUUCGCUGACCGCAUUCCUGAAGGGAACCCUGACUGGGAAAUCUACCUGCAGUACCGCGAAAUUGUGAACGUGCUGUUGUCGGACAAGAUUCCUGUCGACUGCGUGAACUACCUUGAAGUGCAGAUAGGUUCAUUUCUCAGGGCUUUUGUUGAAAGAUACCCAGAAGUGAAGGUGACUCCGAAGAUCCACUACCUGAUACACUACCCCCGUUACAUCUCACUUUUUGGGCCCCCUCGCAACUUUUGGUCCAUGAGAUUUGAAGCCAAGCAUGCAAGAGUGAAGACUAUUGCAGUGCGCGCAAGAAGUUUCGUCAACACAGCAAAAACAAUUGCGACAAGGGUGCAGCUUGGACAAUGUUAUAAUGCAAUAUGUUCAAAUGUGCGUGACCCACUUGAAGUUCCUGUUGCCAAGGCCGUGCUGUGGGAGGACUUGCCAGAUUUAGUCACGGACGCCUUUGUUCCACAGCCAUCCCAUCAAGAAGUGAUUUUUGAGACCAGAAGUGCAGCAAUUGAUUUCAGUGUAUAUAAUGAAGGCGACAUUUUCUGCACAGGCUGGGAGGACGAAGCGCCCGUCUUUGGACAGAUUAUAAAACUUAUAAUCUUCAGGGGCUCUCUUCUCAUGUUUUUUAAAUUGCUUCAUACGUGCGGCUUCUCACGCCACAGACAAGCCUACCAAGUUGUGCACACAAGCAGGUGUGUGCAAGCAUCUCCAGGAGACGAGCACAGCUAUCAUCCUUUGGACCUCUACAAGUACAAAAACCACAACGAAGUAAUACCACAGUUUGAGUUGUUUGAAGUGUAGUCUGUCGUCAACAGUGCGUGGCUCUCCUUUCGCGUAACCCGUAAAGCUCAUAUUAUACAACCCCCUUGAAACCAGCGUCUCAAAAGAGUGCACUGAAGUCUAUGCUGAAAACUUGUUGUGCAUUCCGCUCUCUGCUGCCAAGGGCUGUUACUGAAACGUGAAAAUCAAUUAAGUUUUCAAAAUGUUUGAAAUGUUCGCCGUAAUGACCCUCGCAGCGUGCAACAUGCAUUUUUUCCCCUAGUCCUUUAUGGUCGGUGCUGGAUGACUUUUGGAUGUUUGGGUUGUGGAGCAAGCAUGACAUUUCAGAGCAUAUGUGGCAUCAAACAGCAUCGCAAAUAAAAUGUGUUUGACACUA